GGAGGAGGGGCGCUGCGGAUCUCGAGGAGGGAAGACGCAAACCUUACGGCUUUUUUCCGGAAAGACCGCAUGUAUGACGCCAAAUCUUUCCGCGGAGCUGGGUUUUCCCUCUCAGGAAAGGCAACGCGUCCCGGGAAAGCUGGCGAUUUGUAAGACAGACGCAGCAGAGCGAUGAUUACGACUCCUCGUGCGUCUGGUGGCAUGUGGGCCUGCAGGAAUUCCCCGUUGUCCGGCUGUUUUCUGAGAGCUACCAGAACAAGCUCUCGUCAGAUUCCGUCCACCGCCUCUGCCGGUUUCUCUUGGCAUCCUGCGCCGACACACUUGCGUGAAAGCCGAAUCCGCUUUGAGUUCGCAGCGCACAUUGCUUCUUCUGGCUCGUUUCCCCGGAUUUUGUGGUGUGCCGAUUUUUGACGUGGAGGUGAACCGGUGCCUGGAUUCUUCGUUAGGACCAGCGUCCCAGUGAAAGCCCCACGACUGUCGGGCAAUCCUGCAAACAGUUCCCGUUUCUCUAAAGGCUUGCCCCACCCGCGCUCCUCAUGCGGUGAUCUCUGUGUUCCGUGCUUCUUGAAUCAGAUUCAGUUCCCGUGAAGUUCCCUUCUAGAGAUGCAGCCCACGUGCACUGCCUCGAACGGUGAAUUCGCCUGCUAAUAACGCGCCAAAGGCAAACGGAGCAUCUGCAAAGCCCUGGCUGCGUUUCCAGAGACUCCCGAACCGGUAAAACCCCCCCGUUUCUUUGUUCAGCAUCUCACAGACGUGAACCGUCCAAACGUCUUCUUCUGUUGGAUCUGUUAUUACACACUGUGGCGGUAUGCUAUUCUCCCGUGAUUGACAUGCUCCCAGAUUCAUGUCGGGCGUACGGCUCGGCCACCUCGUGGAGGUGUCGAUGCCGCGCCCUUCUGCUGGGUCUUGCCGCCUCCUGGAUUUCCUUUUUCUCAUCUGAAAAUGGAGCCCUCUUAGCGGCCAACGCCAAAAUGACUCUUGUCCCGGACUUUGAUCUUUCCACGGUCAUCGUCUCUGAGCAAGACGGUCUCCACCACUUGCUGAGCAACAGCGUUGGAAAGACGUGGACGUACCGAGCAGAUCGACGAGUCUCAAAGUCAGGAAAGACAACGCGAACGAAACACAGACGCGACCACCCGGGGGGGCUCUGUGCAAUUCUUUUCUUUGUGCCGGGCAAACGCCUGGCUACGCCCACUGCCGUCGUCGGCCAGGAGAACGACCCCCUCGUCUGGGACUGGGCAUGGCCGUGGAAAUACUAUAAACUCGGAUUUGAGCACCAGGAUCAGGUGGAGAAAGUUGUGGUGGCUGCGCCCCAGCUCAGUGCGUCGAGUGAGUCGCUGCGAGAAGACGCUGUGGAGAUUGGAGAACAAAUGAUGAGUGUUUUGGACCAGGCGGUGACGGACUACAGCUGCAACUCGUACAAAGUGUACAUCCACGCGGCCUCUCAUGGCGGCCUCGUUGUGCGGACUCUCAUGACCAUGGACGACCGAAUCUGGACACCAACGCAUCGGGCGGGCGGCGUGUCUCAGCUGCUAGUGGAUUUUCACCGGACUCUGAACGACUCGAAAAUCUUUUCUCUCGAAUCUGUGGUUUUCAUGGGAGUUCCGCAUGCGGGGCCGCGCCGAACUUUGGGACUGCGUUCGCGCGUGCUGUCCCUCCUAAGCACAUGGCUGACGAAAGUUGCCUCCUUCGUGAUGGAAGGUGUGUCGGAUGGCCUCGUCGAGUUUCUCCACGAAGACACAGAUCGUCUACUCUGCACUCUCGCUGCGGUCGAGGCUCAGGAUGACUACGCCGUGGACUACAGGUCUGCUACGUCUCGCGGUUCUCUGCUCUUCAAGUUCGCCGCUGUCGCAUCCUACGGUCUCUUGGACGAAGACCCAGUUGUUUCUAGACGCAGCAGUCUUGGGCUGUUCGACGACUUCGUCAACUCCAGAGCUGCCCAGAAAAUAAGAAAAACGAGAGAGUUGCAGAACAGACCCAUCCAGGUGCCCUUGAGCAAAGCCCCACUGAAUCAACUUUGGCUUGAGCGGCCAUGGGAUCCGGUGCUUCGGUCGCUGCUGACAUCUGGGGACAUCUGCCGGACGACGACGAGUCCGUACGAGACCUACGAGUUGACGUUGAGACUGUUGCAGCUCAGCCACGACCGGCUGCUGAGUUCGGCGGAGAAGGAAGCUGCUCCUGUCUCUUCGACGCAGGUGCAGCGAGACCAAUCCACGCAGCGCAACGGUGAAGUUUUUCACGAACAGGAGAAGACGCGACGCACGGAGAUGAGUCGAUUCACCAUGCUGCUGGUGCCGACGACUGCGGCAGCGUGUACGCAGACGGACGAGGCGAAAGCGCGCCUUCUGCGGGACUUUGGAACCAUGUCCACCUUUGAACACCAGUGGUGGCUUGUAUGCAAACACCACGCGCUGCUGUCGCACGUUGUGCACACUGCUUUACUUCUGCCUAUGGACGACAGCAGUCCUGUCGAUGACUUGUGGUGGACCGGCAGAGAACAGUGAGGGCGGGGAAAAGGUUUCACUGUAGACUCGGAAACGCCGCGCCUGUGACCUGUCCAGUUGGCCGACCUUCACGAGAAGUAUGUGACGGAAGAGCCGGUCUAGGAAGGAAGCAUGCGCGGAAUAGCAGGCUUCGCUGCUGAUGGGUUUGGCGGACUCCUUGUUUUUUGAGUCCUGCGUUCCGACAAACGGAGCUAGCGAGGGGAGAUUCUGCUGAGAGCUGAAAAUCGUGUUUGCCAGGUAGUACCUUCUCACACGCGCUUAGCAGGUGGAUCAUUCGCAUUGCUUUUUUUGCCGCAGACGGGAUGGGGACCGUUGUUUGCCAAGGCAGGCACGAAAGCAAAUCAACAGGGAGACGUCCGCCGUUCGCGACAGCCUGUCCUCUAACUUUUUUCUAUUCCCGUACACUCCGUCCAACUUCCGAACGUCAAAAUCGUCUGAAGUUGUUGACGCGUCUCGGCGCGACGCAGUAGGCAAAUGCACGCGGUGAUGAGAGGACAGAAGUGCUCUGCACCAAUUUCCCCCGGAGGACGAGAGAGAGCUGAACGCACCCGAUGCAGGCCUUUCGAGACUCGGACGAGUUCCAUUCCACAUCGGCUCUGUUCUGUCCGCGACAGGCAUAGACUGCAGUCACUCGUAUUGCCAGCGAGAGAAGACGACUACGCUGAUGGUAGUGUGAGGGAUCUCGCCGUAGACGGAGCAGAAACCUGUACGGAUUCUUCACACGCCUGUGAACUGACGCAAAUGCUCGUAUGGGCAGCUGCAUCGCGAUCGGAGUCGAAAUCUCGACAAAAAAAGCAAGGAGAUCUGAUGGAUUGUAUCAGGUCAGUCUGACUUGUGUUGGGGAAUGCAGCAGGUGCAUGCCCCCGGAGAGGCUUCGAGAAAAAAGGUCCAUGGACACAGUUUUAGACGCGCCGAACUGAGGAGUCCAGGAAGAAGUACUUCCACGUUGGAGAUGCCACCAGACAGGAAGGUGCGCGACCCAGCGUGGAAGACAGAACGGAAGUUAAACACUCUCUGCACCCCGGUCGAAGAGGGCUCUGCUGUGGCCUGCGGAAGCAGCUUGUCACUCCUUCAUGUCUGCAUAUCUGCAGGUAUAGACGACUGUCCAUAUAUACAUAUAUAUAUACAUAUAUAUAUAUAUAUAUAUAUAUAUGUACGGGAGCGCUGACAAG